GAUAAGUCGAAUGCAUGCGCACACCUGUGCCGUGAACCAGGUUCUCAACCAACCAGCCAACCCUAGGGUCCUUCUCCGUAUCCCAGCAUCGGUGAUCCCAGCCAUUGCAAUCCUUGGCUACUCGAUGGAUCACGGAAGAAUUCGCGCCAAGGGGUUUAUUAUUAAAGAAGCAUAUGGAAUAACGGUCAACGCAACGUCGUGGAACAAACUCGACGCAUACUCAUUUGCUCGAGCAGGACAAUUGCCCAAUUGCCCCCAAGCCAAGCAAUACGAUUCAACGCGAAGUGCCAGAGCCUAUUCCAGGUCGUGCUGCCAAUAUCUAUGCAGAAACUCGUGAGACACCUUGCAGAAUGUGUGGAAUGCAUGGUAUGAUGUUCCUAUAGGAAAAG